UUUAUUUGCGCCGCACGCCGGCAGCCGUGUUUUGUUCGCUCGACGCGGUUCGCACUGUCAGUCGACCAAGAGUGAAAGUCUGUGCAGGACGAGACGCUGGUGCCCAGGUGCUUCCUCAGGAACAACCUGACUCACUCGCAGAAAAUGCUGUGAUUGGAGAGCACUUGGCCUCUUUUUGAACAACACUGACGAUCAACAUGCGUACCUGGGUGCUGCUCCUGGUGCUGCUGCAGUCGACGAUUCUGCUGGCUCAGCAACCGAACGUGGUCCAGCAAUCGGCGGAGGAUGCCGGCAUUCUUAGCUGGCCGGCGCGAAUCAUGAGUUCGAUGCGGUCGCUGCUCGCGAACGUCAUGUACACUUUCACGGGCGGCACCACGGAGAAGCCGUCCUCGUUUGACCCCCUCGACCGGCAGAGCAGAAACCUCCCCAAAGCAGACGAAAAGCCGCAAGCCGAAGCCCUUGUCCAACACUCGGACGCUGUCAAACAGGUUGAGACAAACGAAAUUGAGUCGAGUGAGGUGUCUCACGCGCCCUACAGAAACAACCUGAUCAUCGACAACUUCAGCUGUUUCGGCUGCAGGGCGGCCAUCAACACGUUGAUCACCCUGGCCAGGUCGCGGCCGUCGCACGCCACGGUCCACAACGCCCUCACCCUGCUCUGUUCCACCCUGAGAAUCCAGUCGGGCAAAGUGUGCUCCGCCGCCAUGGAGCAGUAUAUCCCCGAGUUCUACUACAUCCUGAGCACCGGCGAGGUCGACGCCACUCGCUUCUGCUCCAUCAUACUUCAGGGCUUCCCGUGCAACGCGCCCGACCUCCGCCUCCAAUGGAGCGUCUCCCUGCCCACGCCGCCUCCGAAGAGCUCCAACCGCGUUGCGCGUCGGCCGAUGGCGCUGCCCACGCCCGUCAAGUUCCUACACCUCACCGAUAUCCAUUUCGACCCUGAGUAUCGCGAAGGGACCAGCAUCGACUGCGGGGAGCCCCUGUGCUGCCGACCUGAGAGCAGGUACCUCCCUGAGCACCAGCGGGACCAGAAACUGACCGAGCUGGACAAGGCGGGCUACUGGGGCGAGUACAAGGGGUGCGACAUGCCGUGGAGGACGAUCGAGGCCACCUUGGACCACAUUGCCGAGACGCACAAGGACGCUUCGUACAUCAUAAUGACAGGUGAUUUGCCGCCUCACGCGAUUUGGGACUCGAGCAACGAAGAAAAUACGAUGAUAAUGAAGGAGCUGAACAAGGCACUGGCCAAACGGUUUCCUGACAUCAAAAUCUACCCCACCAUUGGCAACCAUGAAGCUCAUCCAUUGAACAGUUUUGGCCCACUGAAACCGGUUGGACCUACAAACAUGACCACCCAGUGGCUUUUCGACGCUGCCGCCGAGGCUUGGUCGCAAUGGCUACCAGCUGAAGCCCUGGAAACCGUCCGUCAGGGUGGAUUUUACUCAGUGGAAGUGCAACCUGGCUUCAGAAUCAUCGCAAUCAACUCGAAUUUGUGUUAUGUCCUGAAUUGGUGGCAGAUUUACGAGUACAAAGAUCCUUAUGGGAUGCUGAGUUGGUUAGUGGAGGAAUUGACAAAGGCGGAGGAGAAACAAGAAAAGGUGCACAUUGUUGGGCACCUCCCACCAGGGUCAGUCGAAUGCUGGGGUCUCUGGUCUAAGCAGCUUGAUAGGAUUAUCAACAGGUUCCAGCGUACGAUCACAGCCCAGUUUUACGGUCACACGCAUUUUGAAGAGUUCAAAGUGGUUUUCGCGCCAAGAUCAAGGAAGCGGCCCCUCGCAAAGCCGAUCAGCACCUCGUACAUCGGCGGUAGCGUGUCUACCUACACCGACCUGAACCCCAACUACAAAAUCUACUAUUCAGAUGGAGGCUACAAAGGUGCAAGCUGGGACAUCACCGACCACGAAACUUGGAUAUUCAACCUGACUGAAGCCAACCAGGCUGGUCCAGACGUUCCACCGAGAUGGUUCCGGCUUUACUCAGCCCGACAAGACUUGCAGUUGGCAGACCUUUCUCCCGCCGAGCUUUACAAAGCUGCCCUUCGAAUGGUCCACGACGAUAAGCUAUUUGAAACUUUUUACGGGAUUACUGUGAAAAGGGGAGACACGUCGAUGAAAAAGGGCUGCGAUUUCAGGUGUAAGGAAGAGAUCCUGUGCAACUUGGUGACCUCCGACUAUGGUGACCAGAGCCACUGCCAAGAAAUUAAAAGAAGAAUGCUGGCCAGGAGAUGAUGUGCUUUAAGUUAUGUCCCUAUUUCUUUAUCUGACGCACAGUGCAAAGCAAAGUGAACGGACACUAGUUGCAACACAAAAAUUAAAGACUGAGAAGCAACUCAAAUACUUUGUGUGCCUUCUGUGAAAUUUCUGCACCCUCAAGAAAUCUGUUUGUAAAUAAUUUUAAUGAGCUAAUAAAGAAUUAACGUUUUUAAA